GCACUUCCUGCUUCGAGCGGCGGCGGCGGCGACGACAGCAGCGAAAACAAAAUGACAGCAUAAACUUUAGACCGACGAGCUGCGAUCAGAUGACAGCGUCGCCAACUCUCCGGCCGCUCGUUUAAAUGACACUUCCCUGCACCCGAGUCGCGUUGCAGUGACGGCGAAAAGAGCAAAUCGGUCCACGAUGCAGUUCCCCGCCACCAACGGAGACUUCACGUUCGUGUCGUCGACGGAGGCUGAAGAUCUCAGCGGCACCAUAAGUACUCCAGAUGUUAAACUGAACAUGGGCGGCGACGGCGGCAAAGACCCGUACGCCACCACCUUCCUGAGGCAGCGGGGCUACGGCUGGCUGCUGGAGGUGGAGGAGGACGACGGCGAAGAGAUCAAACCGCUCCUGGAGGAGCUGGACAUUGACCUGAAGGACAUCUAUUACAAGAUUCAUUGUGUGCUGAUGCCAAUACCAUCACUGGGCUACAACCGGCAGGUGGUCAGAGACAACCCGGACUUCUGGGGCCCCCUGGCCGUGGUGCUGUUCUUCUCCAUGAUCUCCAUCUAUGGGCAAAUCAGCGUUGUGUCUUGGAUCAUCACCAUCUGGAUAUUGGGAUCACUAACCAUCUUCCUGCUCGCCCGUGUUCUUGGUGGUGAGGUGUCCUAUGACCAGGUUCUCGGAGUGAUUGGAUAUUCCCUUCUUCCUCUCAUCGUCAUAGCACCGCUGCUGUUAGUGAUCCGGCCGUUCGAUGUGGUCUCUACAAUAAUCAAACUGUUCGGAGUCUUCUGGGCUGCCUACAGUGCUGCUUCACUGCUUGUCGGAGAUGAAUUCAAAACCAAGAAGCCCCUUCUCAUAUAUCCCAUUUUCCUUUUGUACAUCUACUUCCUGUCACUAUACACUGGCGUGUGACAGGAUGAGCUCAAACUGUGGACCUUUUAAUGGACAGUGACCCUGCAACAUGGGGGGAGAAGUCAAACGAUGGAACCUGGAUUUUUAAAAAAGGGGUUAAUUUCUUCUUCGUUUUUUUUUUUUUUUACACUCUAUGCCAGAUAAUGGGAAUGCUGGGAAUACAGUAUAUAUUAGUGUAUAUAGAUUUGUCCCUUUUUUGUCUUGGUCAAUAAAAUGCAUAUGUUCUUACAGCUUCAA